AUGAACCUGACAGUCAAAAGACUUUCUCAGACUAGAUGGAGUGCACAUCAUGAUGCCGUAAAGCCUCUCAAGAAACAAUUUGAGAAGCUGAUCAUAGCUCUGGAAACAUUGAUGGAUCAGAGAGAAAAUGUUGACACAAGAGGAUCAGCUAAAGUUUUGCUUAAAGCUGUAUGUGAUUUUUAUUUUUUGGGUUAUCUUUGUUUUUGGUGUGAUGUACUGGAAGAAGUGAAUCUCACACAGAAGUAUUUGCAAACACAAGGAGUAAGUCUUGAAAAGUGCACUGUAAAGCUCAAUGGUUUGAAAUUGUUUCUUCGAGGUCAGCGGAAUGAAAUUGUGGAGAUAGCGAUUCAAUAUGCAACUACACAAUGUGAAGAAAUGGGCAUCUCCAUGGAAACAAGAGGGAGGAUAAGACGUAAGAAAAUGAUGCCAGGAGAGAUGGCUAGGGAUGCUGGACUGACAAUGGAAGAGGAAAUGAGGAGAUCAAUGUUUGAAUGUUUAGAUCGAUUUAGUCUAGAAUUGGAUGCUCGUUCAGAGGCCAUGGAUAACAUCGUGUCAAUAUUUGCAGCUAUUCAGCCAAGCUACUUGCUUUCUGCAAAAGAAGAACAACUUCAGGGGAGUAUUUAA